CGAACACACUACUCCUGGUGUUUUCCACUUCCCCAGCGCCAGUCUCCGGCCGGGCUAGACACGGUCUGUUCCAUCAUUUUGUUAACAGUGUAAACUUGAAAAAAAAAUUUUUUUAAAAUUAGUUUUCUGUAUUUGUAUUUGUAUUUCUCCUGCGUUAGCGAAAAAGAGGUGUUGGUGCGGGUAAUCUUUGUUUUUUGUAUUGUUGAGACAACUGUGUUUGAUUUUUAUCAGGAAAAGUGUGGAAGCAGGAGAAAAAAGUGCAUUCAUGUGAGGUGGUACGAAUUUCAUGAAAGGAUUUGGCGAAGGGAGUCGGUGCUGCUGAGAGAGAGAAAGAAGUCCCAAUAUGUGGGAGGGGAGAUGGCUCCUACUCAUUUUGUAUGGUUUUUUACUAGCAACGGCAGUUUCGGACGCUCUCAAAGGCACAAGACAGAAAUUCAAAAUUGCCACAACGUCGACAACCACAACGUCCACCGAAGAUCCUCAAACGGAAGAUGGCGAAGGUGACAAUGUUGAGGGUACGACAAUUGCAGUGGGUGAAGGAAAUGGAACAACGGGUCAUACGCUGACGGGAAAUCCCCAAAUCGAUUAUAUCUGGGAUCCAAACUUACCACGUGAAUUAAAUGGUUACAAUUUAAGUGACUAUCCAUUCUACAAUAGCAUACCAGAAGAUAUUAAUUUUAAAUGUGAUGGUCUUCAUGACGGAUUUUAUGCCAGUGUUCCUCACAAAUGUCAGGUCUACCAUCACUGUCUCUACGGAACUCGGUACGAUUUCCUCUGCGCCAACUUCACGGCGUUUGAUCAAAAGACCUUCAUCUGUCACUUCGUGUCCGAAGUGGACUGCAAUAAUUCAAAGAAAUAUUGGCAUAGAAAUGAUGCUCUCUACCAGGCGGCGACUUCCACUACGACAACGACGACAACCACGACAACGACUCCAGCACCGACUUCACCUCCCACGAGUCGAUCCGCCAAUAGGGACAGAGAACCAGGUCGAAGAAGAAGACCCUUUAGGAGACGUCCCGCCUACGACUACUACGAGGAUUACUACGACGACGAGUACGAUCCAAGGGGACGUCCUCGAGGCUACGACAGAAGGGACUACGAGGACUAUGAGGAACGAACCUACCGACGGGAUCGAGACAGGAACCGAGAUUUCCGCGAACGUCCCCGAGAUCCUGAGGAAAGGGAAAGAGAGACAAGUCCUAGGGAACGUUUCCCCGCGAGACCCAACAGAAAAAACAACAGUCGUCUCCCAACAGUUCGUGAUCCUUUAGAAGAGGAAUCGAGACCCAGAAGCAGAGAUCAGGAAACCUCCCGGAGUAAGGAUUUAGAAGAUCCUGAAUUCGACGAUCGCAGAAGCCUCGAUUCGAGAAGCAGAGAAAUUACGGACAAACGGUUCAGGGACGAAUACGAGGACAAAGAAACAGUAGCGGCACCAACUGGAAAUACCGACGGACUUGUAAAACCGGCUGCUCCCAGUUCGUCGGUCUAUUCGAGACCGCGAGCACCGCCGAAAAUACGAAGACCGGUACCAAUCUCCGAGCAGGAUAAAUACGCUUAUAAGGUCACCUCAACGCAAGCACCCGUUGUUACAGAAGAGCCGAGAAGACGACCCAGUGAUACAGUUCUGAUGGACGAGUACUAUGAUGAUGAUCUAGAGGAAGUGAGACCAAGGCGUCCCUUGAGGAGACGACCGCCUUUUCGGGACUUCUACGAAACUAGGGACAGAGACCUAGAUCGACCCUACAGAACUAGAUAUAGAGACGAGGAUGAAGACGUGCGGCAGCGAAAACAUCCGGAACGCCCCAGGGAUCGUUAUUACGACCGCGAUAAAGUCACAGACCGAGAACGCAGCCGAGAUCGAUCUCUGGAUAGUGGAAAGGAUCGUGAGAGAGAUCGAAGCAGAUCUCAAGACACGGAGAGACCAAUCUUAUCGCGACCUUUGAAUCGUGAAAGGGAAACUGAUCGAUUCAAAUCAAGGACAAAGGAAACACAGGAUUCCAACGAAUCGACCCAAAGACCCAGUAUUUAUGACAGGACGACGACAACCACUACGACUACGACUACAAUCUCUAAACCUGAAAUUGAUCAAUCUGAUCAAAGACCCGGACCUGGAAUGGAACAUAAGAAGCAUAAAUCGAACCAUGAGGAAGAAAGUAAGGAAUUACCGGAAAAAUACUGGAGACCUACGCAGAAGUCACCUACCGAAAUUGUGAACACUGAAGAAGAGACUGAAUAUACUGCGGAGUAUUAUGACGAGGAGGAAGUUGCUCCUACUCCGCCACCUAGAGCACCGGUGAGGAUUGUAAAAAGACCUUUCCUCCCCUCUAGGGGCGGCAAUCCGAAUCCUAGAGGUCUCUCUCCUGUUGGCUUCAAGGCACUUAAAGAAGAUCGAGAGUCCCAAUCACGUUGGGAGAAUAAAACGCUUUACAAUGCUUACAAAGUUAUCCAGACUGAUAAGAGACCUGACGAGAACCAGGAGCAACGAAGACCGGAGGAACACAGAAGACCCGAGGCUCUAUUCCCGAAAAGACAGGAAGAUUCCGAUUCUAGGAGACCAGACGUCAGGAGACCUGGAGAGCAACAAGAGGUUUUGCUCACCCCUCGAAGACCCGAGGAAUUGCCACCAAGGAGACAGGAAGAAAUUCCCUCCCGAAGACCAGAGCAAAGAAGACCCGAGGAACCGAGACGGCCCGACGAGACCGAAUUGAGUCAGAAGAGAUUGAACCAAAUUCCAAGACGACCGGAGGACCACCAGCGAUUUUUAGAGGAACAACAAAGAAGACUAGAGGAACAGCAGAGAAGAAUCGAGGAGCAGCAAAGAAGACCCGAGGAGCUAAACUCUCGAAGGACGGAAGAGUGGAAGGAGCAGAAAAGACCAGUGGAUCAAGGACCAAGGAUUCCUGAACAAGAGAGAACGACCCCUUGGAAUUACCAACAUCAGACUUCGGAUCAAUCGGUGCGUAACAACGGUCGUGUGAUCCCCGUAUCGGAAAAUUUCUUCAAAGACGAUAUUCCUGAUCAACCGACGGGUCCAGCGAAUUUUAGAGUAAAACAACGUCUGAACGAAGUGACCAGAUUGCAGGACAUUCCGGAAAGCGAGUAUGACGUGACACUAAACGAAGCCCUCACACCGUCUUUAAAUCAGGAAACAAAUCUACCAAGUGGAUUCGUCCUCCCUUUGCAUAGACAAUUGGGCAGGGACACUAUACUCCAACCGUCGGAGAAUAACUUUAAAUUCUCGCGUCCGAUUCAACAGCAACAACAAAAAUCCUUUGUACCCAGUCCAUCAUUCCUUCCCCAGGCUCCGUUAGCCAGGAACAAUAACGACAGAUCGAAAACUGGCUACUUUAGUAAUCCUGAUGCGGUCCUUGUCAGUGGGAAUCAGUACAGAUCACAGAGGGGACACUGGCAUGAUUACACUGGUUAUUGAAGAAAAUUCAGAUCCGAAUGAUGGAAUUGUAAUCAUUAGAUCAGCGCGGAUCAGUGAAGCACAAGUGAGAAAUUUGUAAACUGAUGAUGAAAAAAGUAUCUGCUGUCCAAAGUGGAACCUUUCGUUUAGCUGCAUAAAGGUUAUCAAGUUUUUCCAUUUUGGACAGCAGAUGCAGGUUACUGCUUAUAUCCUUCCGAUUGGCAUUCGGUUUUUGAAAACCGUGGGAUUUCUAUCAAGCAAACUAAUUUUGACGCACAAAAGUUCGUGACUAAAAUUUUGCUAGAAAUGACGAGGUUUUCAAAGAGAUCGAAAGGACAGCAUACAUGCAGUUACCUGUUUCAAUCAUCAGAAUAUUGGAAUUGUAAAGAAACCUUCAUUAAAAUUCAUAGAACCUUUCCAUUGAAGCUUCUAUGGAACAGCUGCCUCAACUUUAAGAUCUUAAGUUUUAGAAGAUUCUAAAAAAAGAAUCUAAAAAAGAACCUAAAAAAGAUCUACAAAAUAUCUAAAAAAGGUCGAAAAAAGAUCUAAAAAAGAUGUAAAAAAAGAUCUAAAAAAAUUAAAUAAAAUUUGAAUAAUAAAAUUUAAAUCUAUGCGAAAAGUUUAAAAGAAUACAAGUGAAUUUUCUACUUGAGAGUUAAAAUUUUUUUUUGAACGUUUAUUAAUAUAAACAAAAAUUACACUUAAAAGAGCUGCGAUCUUAACAUUAAGUAUUAUUUGUCUAGUUUUACAAGGAUAUUUUAUUUUGAAAACCGUAUGCGCAAUGAAUCACUAUACACACGAUUCAAUCGAAAUUAUAAACAAUUGAAUCUAAACGAAAAAUUAGUCCAACUGUAUUUUUUACAUUUAAAUUAAAAAAAAAUUUGGUUUUCAAAAGUUUGCUAUAGUAGGAAAAUUUUUCUAAAU